AUGUCCACCAACAAGAUCAAGAGAAAGCUUCUUCUCAACAGGGUCAAUGUGAGCCUAGGUUGUAGUAGUUGCACAAGGCCAAGACUCUCCAACAUAUUCCACCCAAAGCCAAAGACGUCACAAAAAAGUAAAACACCCACUAAUUACUACCCAAAACACACACACUAUCAUACUCCUUCAAGCUCAUGGGACAAAGACACCACAACCACAUUCUCUCCCACCAUUGACACCCCGUACUCGUGUAACUCCGAUACCACCGAGACGACGGAUAUAAGGAGCAUGAGAGCUCUCCAAGGCUUUGGGAGGAUCGGGGGCGAGAGCGUGGCGGUGGAAAAAGACUCGGACGACCCGUAUCUGGACUUCCGAAGAUCCAUGCUUCAAAUGAUAAUGGAGAAGGAGAUUUAUUCCAAGACCGAUCUUCGUGAGCUUCUCAACUGUUUCUUGCAGCUCAAUUCACCUCAACACUAUGGUACUAUUGUUAGAGCUUUCACUGAGAUAUGGAAUGGGGUGCUCUUGUCAUCAUGA